AUGGGCCUUGCGGUCCAAUCGCACAAGUGCCUCGUCUACCAGACAGAGUCCUUUCUGUCCAGGGAUUUGGAGGCUUUCACGAGCCUGGGGAUCGAGCCUCCCGGACCGUCUCGAGAGGAUGGGGCGGGUGCUACCUUGGCUUCCGAGGUUGCGCCAGCCCCAGACAGACGCCCGCCUUCUUUCAACGUGUGUCAGCACUCGUCCGCAGUACUUGUCGAGGACCGUCCCUCCCUCGCCCGCAGUGCUCUCCAGCUUCACACGGUGGGACACACGGUUGGGAGAGACUUUUCAGCAACUUUUAGCGCCAGGGACGUGGGCUUGUCGCGAGGACGUCCGAGAGGCCACCCUAGAUCAGGUCUUCUUCCCCAUCCUUCCCCGAGCCGCCUUCUGGAUGCGCAUGUUUUGGAGGUCGUGCGUGCCCGUCACACCUCUCCCUUGCACCUUGCCCGUUUGACUUCCCUUCAGGGCGGAGGUGCAGGAGCGUGGUUGCAGUCGGUGCCGUAUGCCGAUCCACUACGCUUCCCGGUGGCAGGUGGCUUCAUUAUCCCGCCUAGCGUCGCCACUACCAUCGACGACACUGUGAAGUUCAUGCUUCGAGAUUUUGCUGUCGAAGCGGGCUUCGCGGUGAAGGUGGAGGACUCUUUGCUGUUCACGCAGCUAGAGGCAGCCUGGGCGAGACUGCAGGGACAGCCGGCAGUGGGAGAGGGGGCGCGAGCUGAGGGGCCGUUGGAGCAGGGGGGCGAGGCAAGACAGCCGGGCGGCGGGGGGCAGUGGGGACAGCAUCAGCUGCGUGGCCGGGUGGCGCGAGGGGUGGGUGGGCAGAGGGGACGGCAGGGGGAGCAGUCCAGCCACGGCAGGGAGGGGGGACAGCAGGGGCAGCAUCAGGAGAGCCAGCAGAUGCCGCAGGCUCCAGGAGCUACGUUUUCGGGCUCGGGCUCAGGGGUGGGGCAAGGGCGAGAGCAGCAGAGAGCGGACAGAUGUACAGGGGGGGGAGUGAGAUUGGGAGGGGAGGAUCAGGGGGUGAGAGAGGCAGCAGGGGAUCGAGCAGAGGGGUUGGGAGGGGUGGAGGAGGGUAGAGAGGGGGAGGGGAGAGGACAGGUGGGUGGAGGAGAGGAUAGGGGGAGAGAGACGACUGGAGAGGAGGUACCGAGGGACCAAACAGGGCAGCAGCCAGCGCAGCAGCAGGGACCAGCCGGACGCACAGGCCGAGUAGGCACCCCCUCUCGCAUCCCAGACCUCACCUGCCGCGAUGUUGGGCAGACGUUGAUGGUUAUUGUGGAUGUCUCCAUAGCAGUCCCACAGCGGGAGGGGAACGUGCAGCUGAGACGGGCGACCCCCACACAGAUUGGAGUGGCAGCAGCUAGGCGGGUGUAA